AAUAGAUAUUUACAAAGAAAAAUGAGAGUUUUAUAUACUUUAGCAUUAAUUUGUUCCUUAGUUUUAUCUUCAGUUUAUUGUGAAGAGGAAAAUUUGGGUCAUGGAAAUAACUGGAAUCACGGUGGUAAUAACUGGAACCAUGGCGGUAAACACGGUGGUAAUCACGGUGGUAAUCACGUUGGUCAAACUAGUGGAAAUAUGGACCUUAAUGAUCAUUGGGGUAUUUGCAGUAUGACAUCUUGCCCAAUUGGUUUCUAUUGUAAGAAUGUUCAUCCACUUUAUAGUAAUUGUUAUCCAAAAGCUGAUAUCUGCCUUAAGAAUCAUGUUGCUUGUCCUAGAGGUUAUGAAUGCUACCAAGGUCAAUGUGCUUCACCAUUGAAGCAAGCCCAAAUUUGCUCAAGAGAAGGUAGAUGCCCAACUGGUCACGUUUGUGUAAUUAAAAUGGGCAAAUUUGUAUGUGUUAGACAAACUACCGUAACUGGAUCAGCAACUACAACUGCUACCUCAGGUACCACCGCACCAGGAUCUACCACUGCCACCUCUACAACCACUACCCCAUCAACUACCACUGCCACUUCUACAACCACUACCCCAUCAACUACCACUGCUACUUCCACAACAGAUAAUUAA